AUGCCAGAGGACAAAACGGUUUCAAAACCUGUGCCGGCACUCCAGACCCACGCCAAGAGACUCUGUAACAUUGCUACUAAAUCCUCUGAAAUCAAGUGGACUUCAGAGGAUAAUUUUAAGUUACAAUCGUUAGAUGCACAAUUGGUAAAGUUAUUGAGUGAGUACGAAUCACUUCUCAAUGACAAGAAUAGGUCGAUUAUCGCUGCUGGCAGAGUUGAGAAGCCUUCAUUUUCACGCUCCAGCUUCUAUCAUAGGGAACAACCUUGGGAUAAAAGCCAUUCAUUUCGCUUAGCACCACCACCAGUGACCAACAACAGUAGUAGAACAAAGGCCUCUCAAAGAUCACAACAAGCAGAUGCCAGACUCUUGCUAAGUAACUUACCGUUGUUGCAGAACUUGAAAAAUCUGCAACAUCUCAAUAAUAACGCCAACAGGCGUGAUGGACGAUGA